GCCUCUGGGAGUUGCAGUUUGAGCGCAGUUCCGGGCGGGGAGGCGCCUUUGCCGCUGUCUCAGUCUCUGCCAUUAGCAGCGCGGAACUACGAGUCCCGGGGUCCCUUGCGGCCGCCGUAGUCAAGUGGCCGGUGGAAUUGGCCCAGGAUGACAGCUGGAGAAUGGAGUCAGUUUUAUCCAAGUAUGAAAACCAGAUUACUAUUUUCGCUGACUACCUAGAAGAAUUUCCAGAUACAGAUGAGCUGGUAUGGAUCUUGGGGAAACAGCAUCUCCUUAAAACCGAAAAAUCUAAGCUGUUGUCUGAUAUAAGUGCUCGUCUAUGGUUUACAUACAGAAGGAAAUUUUCACCAAUUGGGGGAACGGGCCCUUCUUCAGACGCCGGCUGGGGAUGUAUGCUACGCUGUGGACAGAUGAUGCUGGCUCAAGCCCUUAUCUGCAGACACUUGGGCAGGGACUGGAACUGGGAGAAACAGAAAGAACAACCCAAAGAAUACCAACGAAUCCUACAGUGCUUCCUAGAUAGAAAAGACUGUUGCUACUCUAUCCAUCAAAUGGCACAGAUGGGUGUAGGAGAAGGGAAAUCAAUUGGCGAAUGGUUUGGACCAAAUACAGUUGCACAGGUGUUAAAAAAACUUGCUUUAUUUGAUGAAUGGAAUUCCUUGGCUGUUUAUGUUUCAAUGGAUAACACCGUGGUUAUUGAAGAUAUCAAAAAAAUGUGCCGCACCCUCCCCUUGAGCGCCGAAACAGCUGCUGAGAGCCCCCCUGAGUCUCUGAGUGCUUCGACCCAGAGUAAGGGCCCCACUGCCUGCUCUCCAGCCUGGAAACCCUUGCUGCUCAUUGUGCCCCUCCGCCUGGGCAUAAACCAAAUCAAUCCUGUCUAUGUCGACGCCUUCAAAGAGUGUUUUAAGAUGCCACAGUCUUUAGGGGCAUUAGGAGGAAAACCAAAUAACGCCUAUUAUUUCAUAGGAUUCUUAGGUGAUGAGCUCAUUUUCCUGGACCCUCACACAACCCAGACCUUUGUUGACACUGAGGAGAACGGAACAGUUGACGACCAGACUUUCCAUUGUCUGCAACCUCCACAGAGGAUGAACAUCCUGAACUUGGAUCCUUCCGUAGCAUUGGGAUUUUUCUGCAAAGAAGAAAAAGACUUUGAUAGCUGGUGUAGCCUUGUUCAGAAGGAAAUUCUAAAGGAAAAUUUAAGGAUGUUUGAAUUAGUUCAGAAACAUCCAUCACACUGGCCUCCCUUUGUUCCUCCAGCCAAGCCAGAAGUGACAACCACGGGGGCAGAAUUCAUUGACUCUACUGAACAACUAGAGGAGUUUGACCUGGAGGAAGAUUUCGAGAUUCUGAGCAUAUAGAAUAGUGGGAACUCACCUUGGACAUCUGUCUUCCAUCUGGCACCAGAAGAACAUGAACUCAUCACAUAAAACUUUUCUAGUCAGCAAGUGCCUGAUAUGCCAACAGCAUACAAACUUGAUAGCAAUCAUGACUGAGCCAAUCACCUUUUCUCAGAAAAAAACAGACAAGUGAACAAUAUACCCCUUCCCCAGAAAGAACUAAAACAAUCAUGGAAUCUAGGAGCAGAAAGAUUAGGAGUCGUCUCUUGCACUUCCCAGCUUCUUACAUGGCCACAGCGGAUCUUCAGCUACUGAAAUGAGGAGGUGGAUGUCUGGAAGAUAGACAGCAACUCCCACCUUGCUUCCAGCACCAGCAGAUGAGAGAUGGUUACCCUGUGCUUCUUCACCCUUUCAGGUUUGACCUCUCUGGGCUAAAUACUAAGAAGCAAUCUGUUCUCUUGCUCUAAUAAUAAAGUGAUAAUCAUUGUAUCAGGGAAAAAAAGUUCUUGUUAAAUUAUUUGAAUAUGUAUUUAAAUAAUUAUAAUUGAUCUCAAAAAGUGUGUC